GCCAACGAAUCCAGCUUGAAAAUGGUGGAUUUUUCCUCGAAUCAUUUUUCAUUCAUCAGACGGUCGACCACGUCAUUGCCCAGCAAAGAUAGACCGAUAGUUGUCGAAUCCGUAAUCACUGCGAACCAUCCAUUGGUCGGAACAUCAACAAAAUCAUAUCUGCAAGUUCGACCUCUCUGCGACUCCCUUCACGCUUUCAAAUUUCUAUUAUUCAAUAACAACCAAAACCCACAUCUCGAUUUUGAUCGCCUGGGUUUUUAUUAGGGUUUUUGGCAUGAUGAAGGAGGUACUGGGGCUGGGUUUACGGUUAGGCUUUAUGAUAUUGGUCUCUUUCUCUGUUGGAGUUGAAUCAAGCUGUACAAAGGGCUGUGAUCUUGCAUUGGCUUCGUACUAUGUGUGGGAAGGAUCAAACAUCUCAUUCAUUGCUCAAGUGCUCUCUUCUAACGAUACUGAUAUUCUCAGCUACAACCCGCAAGUAGCCAAUAAAGACAGUGUUCAACAAGGUAUCAGGGUGAAUGUUCCCUUCUCUUGUGGCUGCAUCGACGGCGAACUUCUGGGUGGUCAGUUUUUGUACACUGUCGGACAGGGCGAUACGUACGACAGGGUUGCAGAGCGAUACUAUUCGAAUCUUACAACCGCUGCAUGGCUGCAGAGGUUCAACAGCUAUAGUCCCACUCGAAUACCCGACGGCGCACAGCUUAAUGUGACGGUGAAUUGUUCGUGCGGGAAUAGUUCGAUUUCGGACAGUUAUGGGUUGUUUGUGACAUACCCACUUCGGCCUGGGGAGACUUUGGAUUCGAUAGCGAGUGAGUUUAGCCUUGCUGCAGAUUUGCUGCAGAGGUACAACCCCAACUCGAAUUUUAGCUCUGGGAGUGGCUUGGUAUAUAUUCCUGCCGAAGAUAAAGAUGGGAACUAUCUGCCUCUUGUGAAGUCAAGCACUGGAAUAUCAGGCGGUGUCAUUGCUGGCAUAUCUGUAGCAGUAGUAAUUGUGGUGAUCUUAUUGGCCAUUUGUCUAUAUAUUGGAAUUUACAGAAAGAAGAGGGUGAAGGAAGCAAUGUUGCUCUUAACACCAACUGAAGAUCAUUCUAAUCAAGCUGGGCGUGCUCUGGGAAGUACAUCGGAUAAAGUUACAGAAUCAACUGCUCUUCGUAGUGGUGCUUCUCCAGGCCUUGCAGGGAUAACUGUUGACAAAUCGGUGGAGUUCUCAUAUGAAGAACUUGCAAAAGCUACUAAUGACUUCAGUAUGGCUAAUAAGAUUGGUGAAGGUGGAUUUGGUGUUGUUUAUUAUGCAGAGCUGAGAGGAGAGAGAGCUGCAAUAAAGAAGAUGGAUAUGCAAGCAUCAAAGGAAUUUCUUGCUGAGUUAAAGGUUUUAACGCAUGUUCAUCACCUGAACCUGGUUCGCUUAAUUGGAUAUUGCACUGAGAGUUCUCUUUUCCUAGUUUACGAGUUCAUUGAGAAUGGCAACUUAAGUCAACAUUUGCGUCGGUCAGGGAGAGACCCACUACCAUGGGCUACUAGGGUGCAAAUAGCCCUUGAUUCAGCGAGAGGUCUUGAAUAUAUCCAUGAGCACACUGUCCCUGUAUAUAUCCAUCGUGAUAUCAAAUCGGCAAACAUAUUGAUAGACAAGAACUUCCGUGGAAAGGUUGCGGAUUUUGGGUUAACCAAACUGACUGAAGUUGGAAAUAUGUCAUUGCCUACACGUCUUGUGGGUACAUUUGGAUAUAUGCCACCAGAGUAUGCUCAAUAUGGUGAUGUUUCUCCCAAAGUUGAUGUCUAUGCAUUUGGCGUCGUCCUUUAUGAACUUAUUUCUGCCAAGGAAGCGAUAGUCAAGUCAGCGAGUUCUAAUACCGAAUCAAAGGGCCUUGUUGCUUUGUUUGAGAAUGUUCUUAAUAAGCCCGAUCCCAGCGAGGACCUGCGAAGACUGGUCGAUGCCAGGCUCGGAGAUAAUUACCCUAUCGAUUCAGUCCACAAGAUGGCCGAGCUAGCAAAAGCAUGCACACUAGAGAAUCCUCAACUACGACCAAGUAUGAGAUCAGUUGUGGUUGCGCUAAUGACUAUUUCAUCCUCAACAGGAGAUUGGGAUGUUGGUCCAUUGUAUGAAAACCAGGCUCUUCUCAAUCUAAUGUCCGGAAGGUAGCAUUCAGCCGAAGAACAGAAUGCCAUCAUGUUGUUGUAUUUGUUUGUAUUGUACCUUUACUCCUUACCAAACAAAAAGUUUUAGGAUGCACGCCAUUUUUGUUAAUUUAUGUGUUGAAUGCUAGUCUCCAUUUCUUUCUUUCUUUCUUUCUUUCUUGUUUGUUUUUUUUCUGCUGAGAGAGAGAGAGAGAGAGAGAGCUUUGGGAAUUUGAAUAAGUUGUCGGCUUCAUGGCUUUUUUGUUUGUUCGUUUUUUUCUUUGGUUUCUGUAUGUGAUUUUUUUUUUUCUUAUUUUUCUCUGUAUUGUGUACAUUAUUUUUUUUCCGGGCCUCGACUGAAUGAAAUGGGUGUUAUAUCCAAAUUCAAAAGUCAA